AUGGGCCGGGAGAAGGCGCAGACGGAUGAUGUAGCCCGGCUUCUUGGUCUGAAAAAGGGCUCUCUGCGUUUUGUACCUCAUGGAACAACGGUAAAGGCGCAUGUCGUGCUGCGACGCGUCGAGCCCUCAUCGGACGACUCUGAAGAUGAGGAAGAUAGCGCCUCGAAACACUCCGCAGUAUAUUAUAGCCUCUUUGCCGCGAAGCGUAUCGAGGUCAAGCCGGGAAAGGAAAUCCUGCUCUCUAUCUCUACGAGCGGGCACUUGAAGGACCAGGCGCUCUUGAUCACCGGCGAAAUAGCUUCAGAAGAUGAUGAAUCUGAUUUGGAGGAGUCAGAGACCACUCAAGUGGCGGAGGAAGACGAACUCGGGGAAGCGGGCAUCAUGCCACCGAAGAUGAGGAAGUCUGACUGGUUCAGGACGGACGAUGUGACCGCUCUCCCUUUCCAUCCUGGGGCAUUGCCCAUUUACACGUCCGUCGGCGUGCAAGCGGAGCCUCCUCGCCUCGCUGCUUCGGUACAGGUUGACCCUCCCCCACCGCCCCCACGCCAAUCCGCGUCCGUGCAGGCGACGGCUACCCAGAGCUCGAUCUCUGUACAAGCUGUCCCUCCGCAGAGUUCAGUUUCCAUACAAGCCAUGGCUCCGCAGCAGUCCGUUUCCAUACAGGUAAUACCUCCGCAGAACUCGAUCUCCAUCCAAGCCUUCCCAUCUCAGAGCGUUGCAUCCGUACAAGUGGCUCCGUCGCAAAGCUCCGAAGGCGUACAGGUUGCUCCCCCACAGAUCUCUGAAGGCGUACAGGUUGUUCCCCCGCAAAGCUCCGCGGGUGUGCAGGUCGCGCCUCCCCAGACCUCCGUCUCCGUAGAAGCUAUUCCUCCUGCUCCUCCUGCGCGCUUAUCUCACAGUAUCCAGACCGAGCCAUCUCCUCCUCCGCCCGCUCGCAUAUCGAUCUCCACGCAGGCUGAUCCACCGGUACCGUCUCCGAAGCCUCUCCGUAGCAAGAGCGUAGGGGUCUCCACGACCCCUCUCAUAAUCCUACCGGACUUCAACCAACCGAUCCCGCGCGUCGAGAUCGACGGAUCGACCGUGGGAACGGUCGAGAAAGCGGUCUCCUCGACAGCUACUUCGACGGAGACGAAAAGCGCCGGCAAUCUCCUCGCUCCCCCUCAGUCGCGCCGGGUCCGGAGCCUUUCACCCAUGGAGAUCGAGUCGGACGCGGAAAACGACUACGAGCCCCACGUGCGCCAGAUGCGCGAGGUUUGCGUGAAGAGGGAGUCUCCGACGCCUGUCGGAGCGUUCCCUACCCCACCGCCGUCGCAUUAUGGAGGGAGUUUCAAUGAAAUUGAGCUCGCCCAGAGUAGCGCGGCGGAUGACUGCGUCAGUCAGGCGCCGCCUCGCGACGUCGCUGUGAAGAGGGAGUCGUUGUCCCCACGUAUGCCCGUAGCUCGUCGUCAGCUCUCUGAAAACGCCGUUGCGUCCGGUAGCAACGUGACCCUUGACCACGCCCCACCGGAUGCGCCCUCAUCUGUGCGGACUUCUCCAGUUGGGGAGGAUCCUGCUCCUCACACAUCCCGGUCGCGAUCGCUACCACUCGAUGAGCUUGCUCUGAGUACAGUCAUUGCAACUAAUCUAUAUGCAGCCACCGCCGAGGAGUCCCGUGCUCUUUCCACCGGCGAAGAAGUGAUCGCGAAAGUCGACGCCGUUGUUGCCCCUCCAUCCGCCGUCUCGGCCGAUUCAUCUUCGAAGGAGGUGACGCCACUCUGUGCUCGUGAUAUGUCCUCUCCACAUACGAUUUCACCACCAUCUUUACCCCCUCCUCCACCGAAGCUGCCGCUCCCACCAGUACCAGAACCGGCGAUAUACACGAGAGCCCGGGACACAUUGUUCUCAUCGAACUCGACCCCUCAGCCGAUAACUCCUCACCCUCCACCGGACCCGAAGUCCCUGGUGUACAUCCCUACCGGACCAUCCUCCAAUCCGUUGAGCAUUCGACCCUCCAUGCCAGCAGCGAUGCGGGGCUUGAUCAACGCCAGCGCCCGCAUACCGACAGGGCCUGCCGCUCUCGUGUCUACUCGCUCGGCGACAAAGAAAGGGAAACCUCUCGUCGUGGGUGCAAAUUGGCCGCCACCUAAAGGGGUGUCGAAUUCCAACGCUGCGAAUGGCGCGGCAUCGCGGUCGUCGACUCAUGAGUCAAUUUCUCCCCAGCGCACAACUCGCUCUUCCAGAGACAAACCCCCCCAUCUCAUCUCACCCCCUCCUCCCCCGGAACUUACCGCGGAAGUCUCGCCUCCAGUGCCCUCGCCGCAGGUGGACGAAUCUGCGAAAGAGGCACAAACGCACGAACCAACCGAACCAGCGAGGUCCGAGCCUGACGCAACAGGAAAUGCGAAAGGAAAGGCUUCUACGAAAUGGAUGCCUAUCGCUGGAGCCUCGUCGCAACGUUCAGUCGUACAAUCCUCUUCCGACCCUUCGCCACCUUCGCAAGAGCCAGCUCCUGAUCCUUCCCCACCCCCCGAACCGGAACCGGAAACUGCUCCCCCUUCCGCUCCGGCACCUGCCAAAAAGAAACGUGGGGGAAAGGCCAAGAACAGAGGAGGCACCAAGAAGAAAGCGGCCGCGGCAAAUGCCGCCAAACAGCCGCCCGAGGCUCCCGAACCGCCCGAGGCGCCCCCUCCGGCGCCUCCGCCACAGCCUCCGGCAGUUGCCGAGCCGCCGCCAACACCAGCGUCGACAAUAUCUACGUCCUCUCUACCUGAUCUCCCUUUCCCUGCAAGCCAGUCCGUACCACUCCAAGUCGCGUUCCCGACCAGCGUAGUUACCACUCAUUUUCCCGCCAUUCCUACUUCCGUCUCGUCUUCGUUUCCACCCCCACCCUUCUCCUUCUAUAAUCCUCCGGCGCAAACCACGUUAUUCUAUCCACCUCCACAACCUACGGGAGCGGCGCCUGCUGUGCCUUCCGAAGUCCUACACGCGAACGGGAAUGGUUCCGUCUCCACGCCCGCGAGCUCCUCCCACCGACCAACAAUCAAAAUUCCUACCACUUUACCGGCUGCGCCGAUCCCUCCGCCACCACAGAGCAUCGGCCCCACUACUUCUCAUACCAUCCAAACCGAUCCUUCUCGUCAGACACAUGCGUCUAUUGCACAUCCUGAAACACCGAAAUCAUCAUCAGGUCCGAAAUACCACCCGCUUCCUCCUAAGCCGGUCGUACCAGCGGAGCAGCUACAACGCGCGGUACCUCGAGGUGUCAAGCGCGCUGCAUCUGCGUUACUGCCCAUAUCACCCGUCGUCCUCUCGACGCCCGACUCUCCGACAUCGACGAAGACGGAUAUGAGACCGAAGCCAUUGUACUCGCUGAAAGUCAAAGGCGAUACGGCCGUCAAGGAGAUUGUCCUUUGCCGCACAGGCGAGCAUUUCGCUGUGAGCUGCGUUGACCGCACUGUGCGGAUCUUCAACAAUCUUACGCGGACUGAGCUGGCGAUGUUGCAACACAACGCGCCCGUGAUCUCCGUUCGAUGGCUGGCAGACAACAACGGUAUCCUAUCGCUCGGAGAAAGUGGCGUUGUUAGCAAGUGGACCAGGAUUGGUCCUAAUCGCUGGCAUUGGGCCAAGGAACUGGACUUGAACGAGGGCAGACCAAUGGACGGAACGCCGGUUUGUAUCGCCCACGUUCAGGACCGGAUAUCCGUGGCAACCCCGAAAGGCAUCCGGAUCUGGUUGUGGAACAAGGGCUCGUGGCACGAACAACGAGCAAUCUUGAGACAGCAUACCACGACCAUACGGUUCAUCGAGGAUGGUGAGGCAUUGCUCGGCGCUACCACUGAUGGAGUAUUGUGGUACUGUCAAGUUCCGAACGGGACCCUACGAGUUAUUUCCCUUCUGGGUACUGCACUGCGCACGCUUGACGUCGAUCCUAGAGGCUUUGCUCUUGUUACCCGCCCCGGUGAUACGGCGUUCUUGAUCAACAUACACAACACAGAUCAGAAGGCUAAAGCCGACGUCAAGUUCAUCGAACGUCGGGACUCGAGCACUGCUGGGGCCAUCUUCGCGACGAAUGGGCGCUGCGUGGUAUAUGGAGUAGUGGAUCGGUCGUUGCAGGUAUGGGACCGUUAUACGGGAGAUCGCUUUCCAACCUCCGAGAUGGAUCACGGUGAAGAUGCCGACGUCAGAGCAAUUGUUUCUUGCGACAAUCACCCGGCCAAUACGCCGCAUCUCCUAACGGGGACGCUGAAUGGCCGGAUAUGCUGGUGGCCCAUGCCUUCGCCACCCCCGGUCGAGGCCCCGCGCAAGCGGGCCAAAGUGAUCUGAUCUUCGCAUUCUGCGCGAGCAGUCUUGUUAGUAUAGCUCCAUCAUUGUCGUCUACGACCUUAAAUUACAUACAGUAUGGUCUUAGAGUUAUUGCUUUGUUA